AUGUCCGUAACUUUUAAGGAUGAUAUUCAUCAGAUUUUAAAGUUUGUUGCUAGUUGCAAUGGCAGGUUUAAAGAUUCCAAAUGCGAUAUAAGAGAAUCGCCUCUCGGUGGAUUGGGUGUCUUUGCCAAGACCAAAAUCGCAAAAGGAGAAUCAAUAUUGACGUUGAACAAGUCCUCGAUUUUUUCUGCAUCUAACAGCUCUAUUGCUAAUUUGUUAUGCGAUAAUGGUAUUGAUGGAAUGUUAGCCCUAAACAUCGCAUUCAUUUACGAAACUACGGUUUUCAAAAACACCAGUCAUUGGUACCAAUUUCUGCGAACCAUCCGGAUUCGCGAUGACCAAGGGCACUUGAAUCUGCCGCCCAGCUUUUGGAAUGCGAAUGCUAAGCAACUCUUGAAAGGCACAAGUUUCGAUACCUUAUUUGAUGCAUUGACACCAGAAGAAGAAAUCAUAGAAGGAUUUGAAAUUGCUGUGGAUUUGGCACGUAAAUGGAAUGAUGAAUUCGGGUUGGAAAUGCCCAAAGGGUUCCUAGACAUUAGCGAAGAGAAUCAUGAAAAAGAUUAUAAUUUGAAAUUAGAAAAGUUUAUUUCUGUGGCAUAUACUUUAUCAUCAAGAGGAUUUGAAAUUGACGCAUAUCAUGAGACAGCUUUGGUGCCCAUUGCAGACCUGUUCAAUCACCAUGUUUCCAAUCCGGAUUUAAAAUUUGUAUCUUUAUAUGAUGUGUGCGAUAAAUGUGGUGAGCCAGGUAUGUGCAAACAUCUAAUAGCGGAAGAAUAUUUGGAAGCAGAAGAUCAAGACAAAAAUAUACCCAAAGCAGGAGGUACAGAAAUUUGUGUUAUUGAUGAAGACUUAAUCAAUAGUUUAGAAAAUGAUUUACAAAAAGAGUGUUCUAAGGUCACUGCGGAUACCGAAGAUGAAGAUGACGGUAUUGAAAAUCCUGACGAAUGCGUCGAUUUGAUAUUAAAGAAUGAUGUGGCGCAAGAUCAAGAGAUCUUUAAUUCCUAUGGUGAGCUGUCGAACGUCUUUUUAUUGGCCAGGUAUGGUUUCACCGUACCUGGGAAUCAAUAUGAUAUUGUUCAUUUAGGGCCUGAAUUUAUGAAAGUUGUGAAGAAGGAAGAAAAAUAUCAAGAAAAAGUUAAGUGGUGGAGUCAAGUUGGUCAUGGCUUGUUUUCAGCAUGGUAUGUUCAAAUGCGUCAAGAGGAUGAAGAAGACGAAGGUGAAGCAAAAUCAGAUGAUUUACCUGAUGAUGCAGGGGACGAAAUAGAGGAAGAAAGCGAAGAGGAUGAGGAAGAGGGCAAUGAUGGCUUGGAAUCGUGGCUUUCCCAGCUUUACAUAGAUUCCCGUGGCGAGCCUUCCCCCUCUACCUGGGCCUUAGCCAAUCUUUUAACUUUAACGGCUGUUCAAUGGGAAUUAUUAUUCUCCAAAAAAGCCACUCCUCACAUCAGUGACUCUAUAAUCGACGAACAAAAACUGCCCUUCUUGGCCAAAAAGGACAAUCCUCACUCCAAAAAGCUGCUUUCCAAAUUACUUAAGGACAAACAACUACCUCGUAUAAAGGGCGAUAACUCGUCGCACGUAACAAAUGCCACCAGAAGCAUGUACCAUAAUGCCCAAACCCUGGUACAAUCCGAGCAUAAUAUCCUAGAAAGAUGUCUCAAGAGACUAUCCUAA